AUGGCCAAGCCCCUGCCCUCCGCGCCCCAGGUGGUCAAAGACAAAGAGACGCAGAUGCGCGAGCAGCGCGACGCCGAGUCCAAGCGCAAGGCGUACCGCGACAAGAAAGAAGAGGCCCGGAAAGUGCUCAAGCACGCCCGCAUCGAGACGCCCGUGCCGCCGCCCGACGCCGUGGGCUUGCCCCGCAAGCGCUUCUACCGGCAGCGCGCCCACUCCAACCCGUUUUCCGACCACCGGCUCGACUACCCGGCGCAGCCCGCAGCCAUGGACUGGGCACAGUUGUACCCGCACUAUGUGGACGCGGCGUCGGGCCGCAUGCGCCAGCAGGUGGAGUUUGCGGACGUCGGGUGCGGCUACGGCGGCUUGCUCGUGAGCCUCGCCACCGCGUUCCCCGACACGUUGAGUUUGGGCAUGGAGAUCCGCGUGCAAGUGACGCAGUACGUCGAGGACCGCAUCAUAGCGUUGCGUGAGCUGCACCGGCAGCAGGCGCAGUACCAGAACAUCGCGGUUUUGCGGGGCAACGCGAUGAAGUUCACGCCCAACUUCUUCCACAAGGGCCAGUUGGCCAAGAUGUUCUUCUGUUUCCCGGACCCGCACUUCAAGCAGCGCAAGCACAAGGCACGCAUCAUCACCAGCACGCUCUUGUCGGAGUACGCGUACGUGUUGCGCGAGGGCGGCGUGGUGUACACCAUCACGGACGUGGAGGACCUCCACCAUUGGAUGGUGAGGCACUUGCAGGCGCACCCGUUGUUCGAGCGCAAGAGCAGCCUGUGGGAGCAGCAGGACACGUGCGCGCAGAUCAUGACGGCCGCCACGGAGGAGGGCCAGAAGGUGGACCGCAACAACGGCGCCAAGUACAUCGCGUGCUUCGAGAGGCUCGCCACGCCGGCCGCCUGCCAGUAG